CAAAUCCUGGCGUGCCUUGGCGUACAAAUCCUGUCGUACAAAUCCUGAGUGCCUUGCUACGGCACCGGCAUUUACAUCAGAGAAGAAGAAAAGCAAUGAAGAUUUUCCAUAGACCGAUGCUAUCAGUGAUUUUGUCGCCUGACCAGUGAGAGGCAGCAGAGCAUGUACAGCGUACAGCCUGUCGAAAAAUAGAAGAAGAAGACAUUAGCGUUCAACAUGGCGUCGCAUUACUAUCAAGAGAUGCAAGAAACUUUCAGAAAUAACAAUAAAAGUCGUGAAUUUGCUGCGCAUAGCGCGAAAGUUCAUUCUGUAGCAUGGAGCUGCGACGGAAGACGGCUGGCCUCCGGGUCUUUUGACAAAACUGCAAGCGUAUUUGUCUUGGAAAAAGACCGACUGGUAAAAGAGAACAACUACAGAGGUCAUGGAGAUAGUGUUGACCAGCUGUGUUGGCAUCCAACCAACCCAGACGUCUUUGUCACUGCAUCAGGAGACAAGACCAUCCGAAUAUGGGACGUCAGAACAACAAAGUGCAUAGCCACUGUCAAUACUAAAGGGGAAAAUAUCAAUAUCUGCUGGAGUCCAGAUGGUCAGACGAUAGCUGUAGGGAACAAGGAUGAUGUGGUCACCUUCAUUGACGCCAAGACUCAUCGGUCACGUGCUGAGGAACAGUUUAAGUUUGAGGUCAACGAGAUUUCCUGGAACAAUGACAACGACAUGUUCUUUCUGACCAAUGGAAAUGGAUGCAUCAACGUCCUCAGUUAUCCUGAGUUGAAGCCUAUCCAGUCCAUCAAUGCCCACCCUUCCAACUGCAUAUGCAUCAAGUUUGACCCCACGGGGAAGUACUUUGCAACAGGAAGUGCAGACGCUCUGGUCAGUCUGUGGAAUGUGGAGGAGCUGGUCUGUGUUCGCUGUUUCUCCAGGUUGGACUGGCCAGUAAGGACUUUGAGUUUUAGUCAUGAUGGGAAGAUGUUGGCAUCAGCUUCAGAGGAUCACUUCAUUGACAUAGCAGAGGUUGAGACAGGUGAAAAGCUGUGGGAAGUUCAGUGUGAAUCACCGACGUUCACUGUAGCAUGGCAUCCCAAGAGGCCAUUGUUGGCAUACGCUUGUGACGACAAGGAAGGAAAGUACGACAGCAACCGAGAGGCAGGAACUGUCAAACUGUUUGGACUGCCCAAUGAUUCCUAAAACCCAUUAUUUAUAUUGGAUAGCUGUAAACUACAUCUGAAAGUGGAGAUGAGUCCUUAUGAACUGUACUUUGUCUACUGACUAUAAACCAAAGGACUAAUAGAAAUGAGACACACACACACACAAUUGAAAAUAUAUUUUGUUUUGACCAGGGGCACAAUUUAAAACUUGUUUUGAUCUUUUGUUUAAAUUCUGUAUAAUUCUGAGGAUUACAGUGUUAGCAUAUGUUUUGUACUGCAUAAAAUUACACUGGUGAAUUUCAUGUUUGUUGUAGUAAAAGUGCCAUUUGUUAAAUCAAAGUUUUUUACUUUUAAUGCACCCCAAGAAGUCAAAUGACAUUGUGGCCCUCUUGAAAUCGUUUAUAGCUAUGCUUUGUUUAUGUUUUCUUAAGUCUUGCAAGUUUUUCAGUAAAAAAAGUAAUGUUU